AGGUCACCAUCGAUAAUCCCAACGAAGGUUCACAAGCUUCUCUCAAAAAAAAAAAAAAAAAAGAAGCGAAGCUGUGUAGGAUCUUUGAUAAUGACGGUUAUGCUACGAUCGGCGACGACGAAGACGACAUAGAUGUUUUUACUUUAUAUUUAUAGUAUUGGAUUAGUUAUUUUACAAAAUUAGGUCAACACCUCUCUGCUUUCUUCCCACAUUUGCACGGCGCCCCUCUCCCCUCCGUUUCUCAAACUCGCCGAGAAAACUAAGAGAAAUCAGAAUCUCGGAAAUCCUCUAAAAAGGGAAGAUGUUGACGGUUAUUAGAUCCAUUCUCGGUGGCCAGAAGCUUAGGCGUCCGGGGAUUCUAGUGCAGCAGCAUUGCUGGUACUCUGCUCCCGGAUCGGCCUCAGCUGCUGCCAUCGAAGCAGAUAGAAGCAUAAGAGAAGGUCCGAGGCGCGAUUGGACUCGCCAGGAGAUCAAUAACGUUUACAAUUCUCCUCUUCUCGAUCUUAUCUUCCAUGGAGCUCAAGUGCACAGGCAUGCUCAUAACUUCAGGGAAGUUCAGCAAUGUACCCUUCUAUCAAUCAAGACUGGUGGUUGCAGUGAGGAUUGUUCAUAUUGUCCUCAAUCCAACAGGUAUAAGACUGGUCUGAAGGCCCAAAAGCUUAUGGCUAAGGAGUCUGUCCUGGAGGCUGCUCAAAAAGCAAAAGAGGCAGGGAGUACACGGUUCUGCAUGGGUGCUGCAUGGAGAGACACGACUGGAAGGAAAACAAACUUUAACCAGAUCCUUGAAUAUGUAAAAGAAAUAAGGGAUAUGGGAAUGGAGGUAUGCUGCACGUUGGGCAUGCUAGAAAAGCAGCAGGCUGUGGAACUUAAGAAAGCAGGCCUUACGGCGUAUAACCAUAAUCUGGAUACCUCGAGAGAACAUUACCCAAAUGUUAUCACCACAAGAACUUAUGAUGAACGCCUGCAAACUCUUGAGUUUGUGCGAGAAGCAGGAAUAAAUGUUUGUUCAGGAGGCAUCAUUGGACUUGGAGAAGCAGAUGAGGACAGAGUUGGUUUGUUGCAUACACUGGCUACACUUCCUUCUCACCCCGAGAGUGUUCCCAUAAAUGCACUGUUGGCCGUGAAAGGCACACCUCUUGAAGAUCAGAAGCCCGUUGAGAUAUGGGAGAUGAUACGGAUGAUUGCCACUGCCCGUAUAGUCAUGCCAAAAGCAAUGGUCAGACUGUCAGCUGGCAGAGUUCGUUUCUCCAUGCCAGAGCAGGCAUUGUGCUUUCUUGCUGGUGCGAAUUCCAUUUUCACUGGCGAGAAGCUUUUGACGACUCCAAACAAUGACUUUGAUGCAGACCAACUGAUGUUCAAGGUCCUUGGAUUGAUUCCAAAAGAGCCCACUUUUCCAGAAGAUGAAGACUCCUUGGACGCAGAGAAGUGCGAUGAAGCUGUUUCCAGUUCAGGUUAAAUGAUUAAUUUGAACGGGGUGUAUCUGCUGCAUUGUUACAGUCUAGAAAUACUUGUUUAGGAUGUUCAGAAACUUGUUCAUGGAAUCUUUCAAUGAUAAGUUAAUCAUCAAGUUGUGGCUACAUCUAAUCCUUCUCAUAUUAUUUAAUGUCUUGAUCUAUAAGUAGUUUGGAUACUUAUGAAGAA